ACUUCCGGUUUGCUUCCCGGUUAGCCAUAGGGAAAAUCUCUUUUUUUUCUUUCAUAUCAAAAACUGGCAACUACAACUCCGACAUUCCAAACAAAGGAACAUUGAACAAACAACAUGGAGCACAGACUACCGUUUUCUCAUCCUCAGCACCCCCAAAGAAAUGUAAUGCUUAACCAGAGAUUGGGUGACCCCACCACAACAAAUCACGGCCUUUUAUAACCUCCUGUCCCAGAAAGGUAGACAGUCCGCCUUUUCCAUUUCAAAGAGACAAAGAUGUUAAUUACCAGCAGGACCCCCACACUGAACAAACAUUCUCUCCCUGGCACGAGUUCAGCGUGUUUUAAAUGCUGUGUUUUGUCUACCUCACCAGAAUAUACAGUUUAGUCAAUUACUAGUAUAGGUUGACAAGGUUAUAUUCAAACUUAGUAUUAUCACUUAUGCGUUUCUAAUGCCUUAUAGUUUUUCUUUGGGAAAAGAUAAUUUGAUUUCCGUCUCUCCAGCUUUCAAAGAGCUUGCUUAUCCUUAGGUUUUAAAAUACCAGGAAAACAGGUAAUAAGGUUUGCUUUGAACUUAUUGUUGUGGUUUUGAUGCAUCUGCUCAUAAGAAAUAAUGAUUGUAAUUAUAUCAUAUGUAAUUUGAUCAACUGCAUUAUUCACAUCUUGAUGACUCCAAAAUCAGGCAAGUAGACUGUGUCGAGUUUGAGAAGACAUUUCGCCACUUAUCCAAGAAGCUUUUUCAGUUCUAGAAUAGCUACUGAGGGGAGCAGGUAUUUUUCUUACAGGAGAAGGGGAAAAACAACGACUGGGGAAGAGUUGGAAUGAAUGGGUCAUAGAAACCCAUCUUCGGGUAUUUAUCCCGAGAGUCGUUAACCUGAGUGGGCUGUUAACUACCCCUUCCAGGUGAGGUGUUGUGGUCACAUGGUCCAAGGUGUGAGUGUUUGUGGAGCUUCCUGGGGAGAGAGCUAAGAAUUGCAUCGCAAGAGCCAUAGAGGUUAUGCUUGAGUCCACCUCCUCUGUUCAAAGAGGGUUUCUCCAGUCUGGUGAAGAUGGCUUCUUUAACUCCUCUUUCAAACCAUCUGUCCUCUCUAGCCAACACAUGUACAUUGCUGUCCUCAAAAGAGUGACCCAUGUCCUUUAAGUGAAAAUGGACAGCUGAGUCCUGACCUGAGGAAGUGGCUCUCCUGUGUUGAGCCAUGAGCUUGUGAAGCAGUUGUUUAGUUUCCCCAAUGUACAGGUCAGAACAUUCCUCACUGCACUGGACAGCAUACACUACAUUACUCUGUUUAUGUCUAGGUGUUUUGUCCCUUUGAUGGACCAGCUUCUGCCUGAGAGUGUUUUCAGGCUUGAAGUGAACAGGAAUAUGGUGUUUGCCAAAGAUCCUCUUGAGUUUUCCUGACAAGCCUGAAACGUAUGGGAUUACAAUGUUCUUGCGUCUCUCCCCCCUUGUCCAGUGUUCUUCAUCUUCCUGUUCUUUACAAAAGCCCAAAUUAGGAUAUCUGCAGGUUUUCAGGGCAUUUUUAAUGUAUUUUUGUUCCUUCUUUCUUAGUGGGAAUUCUUUCGGCCUGGUGGUUGCGUGUUCUGAUAACACCCAGCUUGUGCUGCAGAAGAUGGUGGGAAUCAAAAAGUAAAUAUUGAUCCAAGUGUGUGGGGGUUUCCUGUACACUUCAACGUUGGUACACUCAAAGCAUUAUAGAUUAACAAAUGUCCGAUCAAACACUUUACAUAUCAAUUCACUGAUGGGAUAAAGGAAUUUCUUGUUACAGCUUUCCUAUGAAAGCUUGGACAGCCAUCUUUUAAAACUUGUCUCAAAUUAUGCUUAGUGAAUUCUGUUUAGUGUUUCUUUUUGAAGCCUUAAAAUAAAAAUAAAAAAAUAUUCUCAGGAAUAUAACAGCUGGGGUAAUUGUGGAGCUAUUUUACAGCUCUACCGCAGGAACUCAAAGUGAAAGAGUUUCAUCACAAAAUAAACAAUUGUUACUGUUUUAUCCAUCUUUAUUUUAAAUAUUUACAUGACAAGUUACUCUACUGGUUAAAUGGCACAAGUACGAUGCGGGUGAACUCUGGGUGAUUCUCAAAGUUUUUGAAUCUGCUAGCAAAACUGCAACUUAAUUCAUGGAAGUCACAAGCCCCUCUGGCCAUAGUGGUGGUGUUAAAAGAAUAUAGCAAUACCUCAAAGCUGAGUCGACUGAAUACACCUUAUUGGAACAAAAAGUACAUUUGACAAAAGCAAACAUGCCUAUAGCACAGAGAGAUAAACCCAAAGCUUAGGUCAAUGCCUCUUGUAGGCACAAUGGAUCAAGUAAAAUUAUUACCAGCUCUGUCAUACUGCCUUGGAUUUCUACAUUUUAUGCAAAAACUUCACCUUUUGAGUUUGUUUUUCCAUUACAUGAAGUUAACAGUUGCUAUAAAUUUGGUCAGCUGGAGGCAGUAACAACAGAAUUGUUGGGUGACAAAACAAAGAACACUGAGGAGUUACAAGAAAAAGUCAUGGUGAUUUCAGUACAUGAGGAGACAAAACCUUCAUAACAACAAUAACAAAAGUACAAAGAUGGUGCAUUAGAUGCACUUAAAUUUAAGGCAAUGUGGAUAUAAUGUGUAGUAUGCUCAAGAACAGCAGGGGUAAACAACAAUGGCAGAAAGUGUUUGACAGGUAGUUGUGUCAAGUAUGGACAGAUCUUAUCCACAAUAAUUUAAAGAAGUCAUUCAGUUUGCAAUGACUUAGCAAUAAUGUGUUGUAUAGAAAAAGACAUUAUGACAGUACCUUGAAUUGUACAAAAAACCUCCCAGUUAAGCAUUUAAGAUGACUCUAAUCACAGUGAUAAAUCAGGAAGUGUUCCCUUUGAUAACUUUAGAUAAGUUAAUGUGUUCAUUUAUUUUGUAUCAAACAUUAUAACUGGCAGCUGUUUAGCUCUGAUGCCCUCUCUUCUGGUGAGUCCAAGGAUGCCCCACUGAGAAACCUGAAUGUUCUUUUCAAAAUAAUUUCAAAUAGUGUUGAAGUUAGGAUUUUAGGUCUAGGAAGAGCUGAUUUCUAGAACAGGUUUAGGGCUGGAGGUUAUGUUAAUCGUUCAAUAACCUGAGCUAGGAGGGAGACAUGGGGAAUACGACAGAUUUAAAAUGUGCUUCCAGACCCAACUGAAAGUAAAUGUAGAUGAAAACCCUUGCAUCUGGGUCUAUAUAAAAGGUCCAAGGCUUUACUUGAUACCAUAACAGGUCCAGUACAAUAAUCCAAAUAUGAGAUGAAAAUGUGGAGUCACAGGGUGCCUUCACUCUUUUCUGUAUUUUUAGCACAAAGUUCUAGAGAGGGCUAUAACUGUUUUUUGUUUGAUUUUUUUAAGGUUGAAAUCUGGUUGAAGACGGUUUGAUCUGGUUGGUACAUCUUUCAAAAUGUGACUUCAAUACAAAAAUGCUCACUGGCUUACCUCACUUAACUAAUUCACCAAGCAAAUGGGCUUACAGCAGAAUAAUAGGGAGGACAGGUAGAGUCUGUCUCACAGUACAUUUAUGUGUAGCAGCAGUUGCCCUGCCGUCCUUAUUCUAACAAAGUUGUGGUCAUUAUUCCCCAUUAGUGUACCACAACAACACACUUAAGCCUCCUACUUUAAAGAGAUCCAGUACCCAAGCUAGCCUCUACUGUGUCACUGUCUUUGUUUUGCUUACUUUUGUUGGCUGUGGCAGGUACAUUUGAUAAAAACACAAACUUAAGAUUUGUGGUUUAUAGCUGAUCAAUUGCCAGCACAGAAAAGAAACUGGAAAAGCACUCUGAGAGCGCAGACCUCCGCCAAGCAGCUCAUGUCCCCCCUUAUAUUGUGAUUCACACCAAAACUUUUACUGUUGUGUCUUUAUUAACCUUUAUUUGUGUUUAAAAAAUGUCUCUCUCUAGUAUGAAACAACAUUUGUUGGUUUGAAAAAUGUUACAUUUAACUCCUUCACAACACAGUAAACAACUCAAAAUCUUCUUCCCAGCAUAUACAAGAAAAUGUGAAACCUGACUUCCUUUUCCAAAGAGUUCUUCCCUUCAGACACAGCAGCCAGUGGACUUCUUAACCCUUUGAGAUUGAAUGUGUAUAUUCAGCGCUUGUUUAGUUUUAUACAGUUUAUCACAUCCAGGGCAGCUAUAGGGUCUUUCUCCAGUGUGAACUCUCAUGUGUUGGGCCAGUUCUCCUUUAGUUUUGAAUGUUUUGCCACAUUCUAAGCAGCUGAAGGGUCUCUCAUCUGAGUGAACCGCCAUGUGUCUUUCCAGAGAAGUUUUAGUUUUUAAUGUUUUGCCACACUGCAUGCAGCUGAAGGGUUUCUGAUCUGAGUGAACUCUCAUGUGGUGCGCCAGGUGUUUUUCUGAUUUAAAUGUCUGGCCACAUUUUGGGCAGCUGAAGGGUCUCUCCUCUGUGUGAACUGUCAUGUGUGGGGCCAGUUCUUUUUUAGUUUUGAAUGUUUUGCCACAGUCUGAGCAGCUGAAGGGUUUCUUAUCUGAGUGAACUCUCAUGUGAUUGGUCCUCAGCACUUUUGUUUUAAACAAGUUACCACACUCAGGGCAGCUAAAGGGUUUCUCAUCUGAGUGAACUGCCAUGUGUUUUCCUAGGAUAUUUUUAGUUUUGAAUGUUUUGCCACACUCUGAGCAGCUGAAGGGUCUCUCCUCUGAGUGAACCGUCAUGUGUUGGGCCAGGUCUCCUUUAGUUUUGAAUGUUUUGCCACACUCUGAGCAGCUAAAGUGUUUCUCCUCUGUGUGAACUCUCAUGUGUUUUGCCAGUUCCCCUUUAGUUUUGAAAGGUUUGCCACAGUCUGUGCAGCUGAAGGGUUUCUCAACUGAAUGAACUGCCAUGUGUUGUCCUAGUAUAUUUUUAGUUUUGAAUGUUUUGCCACACUCUGGGCAGCUGAAGGGUCUCUCCUCUGAGUGAACUCUCAUGUGUUGGGCCAGUUCUCCUUUAGUUUUGAAAUUUUUGCCACACUCUGGGCAGCUGAAGGGUCUCUCCUCUGUGUGAACUCUCCUGUGGAUUGCCUGUUCUCCUUUGGUUUUGAAUGUUUUGCAACACUGCAUGCAGCUGAAGGGUUUCUGCUCUGAGUGAACUCUCAUGUGGUGCGCCAGGUGUUUUUUUGUUUUAAAUGUCUGGCCACAGUCUGGGCAGCUGAAGGGUCUCUCCUCUGUGUGAACUGUCAUGUGUUGGGCCAGGUCUCCUUUAGUUUUGAAUGUUUUGCCACAUUCUGAGCAGCUGAAGGGUCUCUCAUCUGAAUGAACCGCCAUGUGUCUUUCCAGAGAAGUUUUAGUUUUUAAUGUUUUGCCACACUGCAUGCAGCUGAAGGGUUUCUGAUCUGUGUGAACUCUCAUGUGGCUUGCCAGUUGUCCUUUAGUUUUUAAUGUUUUGCCACAUUCUGAGCAGCUGAAGGGUCUCUCAUCUGAAUGAACGGCCAUGUGUUGUCCUAGUAUAUUUUUAGUUUUGAAUGUUUUGCCACACUCUGAGCAGCUGAAGGGUCUCUCCUCUGAGUGAACUUUCAGGUGGAUUGCUAGUUCUUGUCGUGUUUUGAAUAUUCGACAACACUUUGAGCAAACACGUGAUUUCUCAAGCCUCUUUAGCAUCUUCUUUCUCACUUUUUUCACAGACAUUAGACUUGACUUUUGUGGCCUUGUUUUCUCCCAAUUCUCAUCACUGCCCUCGGUCUCAGGUUCAGGGGAGUCUUGAGUCUUUCGUUGUAUAUUUAUCCCUGAGUUGUUACUGGCUGGUUCUUGUCCUCCAUAAUUCUGUUCCUUGCAAAUGUUCAGGGGCUCAGUGUAUCCCUGGUCCAGACUGGGACUCCUCUCCUGCUGCUCAGAGAGAAACUCUUUUUUCACCAACACCUGCUGGAUAUCUGCAAGGCACAGAAAAACAAUAACUUAACAGAAGGUAAUGAAAACAUCAGUAGAUAUGAAAGCAGAUUUAAAAACUCAAUGAUAUUCUUAAGAAAGAUAAGAGAGUGUGGGGAUUAUGGACUAAUGUUACCCCCUCUAGUGUUGGACCUAAUUAGCUCACCAGCUAUGUAUGUGCCGUCUCGGAGCAGCAGACUAUUUGUCAACAGCCCUGACAAGAACUGAACAAUGUCAGCAGCAUGGAUUUACUCGAAGAGGCACCACUAAAUCUGUUGUUAUUCUCAAAUCAGUUUCAGCAUUUGUUAUGAUGCUCAUUGAUGUGCUCCUGAAACUUCUCGGGCAAAACUGAAUGGAUGCAGCCUGGUGCAAAAAGCUGCUGCACCAUAGUUCCAGGCAACCAAUCACAGUGUUGAUAAAACACUUAACCCAGGUAACCAAGGGCAGCAUUGUGAGAGUUCACACUAAGAGCUCAGAAUUCAGCUCACAUUUAGUUCACAUGGAUCCAAAUCAACUAGGUUGCAUUGAUAGUUUGUGUGUCUGUCAGCAGAGCCUCCCAAACUUCAAUUCCUAAUCCCCUCACUGACAUUUAUUGAACUAAAUUAUUAUUCAAUUGUACAUCACAAUUGGAGACAGACAUGUAGUUUGAAAAAAACAAGGACAUUUCAGUGAUUUUUCCUCCUGCCCCAAUACCCUGCUAUAGUGGGUGACAUGUUUAUCAAGCCCUCUAAAAUAAAGGGGCUAAGAGUAUAGAAACACUGAAGAGACAAACAUGAAAGUUGACUAUUCUAUCUGAAAAAGUUUUACCCCUCUGAAUCAGACAGGAUUUUAGCUCUUUUUGACUCUUAAACUACAAGUACUUGAUUUUUUUCCCUUUCCCAGCAGUUAAUAGGAUAAAACAGUAUAGGAUAGCUGUUUUUUUUGUUGUUGCGGUUGUGUAGUACUUCAUAUAUUCAAAUUAAAAAACUUUUCCUUGAAAAUAACUACUUUUUUGCCCUAAAGUAAUUUCAGGUUUAAUCAUAUUAUUUUGCCAUUUCAUUAAUAUGGUUUGUUGCAGCCUGUGUGUGGCGCUUGCUUCAGUAAAGGCAUUGAAACAUGUAUCCAGAAGUGGAAAGAAAACUGACCUGCUCUGUGCAGCUUGAUUUCGGGUGUUAAAAUCACAGCCAGCAGUUUUUUCUGGCGGCGGAGCUCCUCUUCGUAUACAGACUCUGUUCUAUUUUCGACCAGGUCCGUCAUUACCGCAGCCAGCAGCCGACGAUUCAAUAAAUCAUCGAGAUCCUGAAACCCGGACAUUUUCCACAAACGCAAACGCAGAGCGAAAGCAGCGAAAACAGAACUUUGUGGUUACCGCGGUACCACGUGGACGACUUGUUCCUCUUUUUUCUUUAUGAGCGUUUGGAAACAGAGCUGAAUCCGUUUUGGAGCGAAAAUUGAAACCCCGGUAUCGGAUCACCAGGUUUGAAAAAGUCGCGGCUUAUUUGGCUCCGAUCUUUUGUUUACAGAAUCUUGAUUUGGUUGAUUAUGGGAGGUCGAGCAGUAAUGUGUACUUCUUUCUCUCCUUCUUAGUUAACGGCGCAUGGCAACUAGUAGUACAAAUGUCGGUCGACGAGCUAUAAAGAACUGGCAUGGGGGGAAUGGUGGGACUUCAUACAACGUCAUCUCCGCUUCCGGUUUUACCUAUAGCAGGGGUUCGCCUCGAUGUCACUCAACUUCCGGUUUGCUUCCCGGUUAGCCAUAGGGGAAUUCUCUUUUUUUUCUUUCAUAUCAAAAAGUGGCAACUACAACUCCAACAUUUCAAACAAAGGAGCAUUGAACAAAUAACAUGGAGCACAGACUACCGUUUUCUCAUCCUCAGCACCCCCAAAGAAAUGUAAUGCUUAACCAGAGAUUGGGUGACCCCACCACACUAAAUCAUGGCCUUUUAUAACCUCCUGUUUAAAAAAACAAAAAACAAAAAAAACAAAAAUUACUCUCCCAGAAAGGUAGACAGUCAGCCUUUUCCAUUUCAAAGAGACAAAGAUGUUUAUUACCAGCAGGACCCCCAGACUGAACAAACAUUCUCUCCCUGGCUGGACAGUAUCAACAUUUGAGCACUCAUACUUGGAACAGACCCCAGUUACAGAUCCUCAAAGUGGCUGAUCCUUCUUGUAAUUCUCUCUAGGUGCAAAGUAAAGAGAAAAACUGCAAAUGAUUCGAUUUCAAGUUUAAUGGACACUUCACAAGUAUUUCCUGUCUGUACACAAUAUCAGCAGUAAAACAGUCUUUGUCCCAUUUCUCUAGCAUGUUUAUAAGCCAAACAGUUCACUUUAUAAAUGCAUUCCAGGUUUUCCAUAGACCAAGAGCUACUCCUAGUGGUGUUUCCUUGAUAUGGUUAUGGUUAUGGUAUACCAUAGACUGUAUAUAAGAUGGACAGAGUCUGCCUCCUCGCUGGGUGAAGCCACUCCGAGAACAGCACCCUCUGAUGGUGGGCUGCAGUACAGGUAAUAAAUCCCACCUCUGCCAGCAAAGCUUAUGGGACUGUGGAUAAACUUUAGAAAUUUAUUACACAGAACAUAAAUUUUUCUCCCCCCUGCUUGUGAUGUUGACAUGUAGUUAUUGUAAGACUGGUUUGUGCCCAGGUCCUUUUUUUCUGUUCAGCUCCGUUUUUUAAAGUUAUUAGGGGGUUCAUGUUUUCUAUGAUUGACACCUGGUACAGCCUAUGGGCGUUCAGGGAUUGCGUAGCUCUUCCGUGGGGAUACGCUCUUUGAGCCUAGCGUCAUCAAAGGGACUCUCGGCGACUGCGCGGCCGAAUGCGCACAAUGCUACUGCACAGCUCUGGUUUCAAGAAAGUUGAGAAAAACUCGGAAUUACCGAGAGCUUUUUGGCUUCAAAUCCGUAUACAGGCCGAAGGCGGAACCAGGGUGUCCAUCUUAUAUACAGUCUAUGGUCUAUACACAGACAAUAGCAGGCUACAGUCAUGUAAAUAAAAAUUAAUGAUCUAUAUGCUGUAACAAACCCUAGAUUCAACAAUGUCACGUAUGGUCGAAUUAUGAAAUGCCUCUCCAAUAUUACAGUUUGAAGUGGUACUCUAUAAAGAGCCGUUUGUAAGCGUAAAGAUUCGACUCUUUUUUUGACGAGUUGAACCAAAUGACCUGAUCACCGAGUAGAACCGAAUCUUCCACCGACCCGACCCUGCGGCUGCGCAGCGUGGGAGGAGUUUGAUGGCGUCAUCGUCCAUACUCAGAGGACGUAUAUUGCGGGACGAACGGAACAGGCUUUUUUUUUGGAGCGAAAACCGUUAUACACGCCGAGAAUAAAUCUGGGACCAGAAACAAUUCCGAUAUGGUUUUCGACCGUUUGUUUAAAUCCAGGAAUUAUUCAGUACCCGUGUUUCUAGAUAUUGGCCUUGUUUUUCUCUCUCCAGUCCUUCCCUCGAGCUGCCGUUUUUUUCCUACUUAAAGCCCACCAUCAGACACAAUGUGGUACAGAAGUGACGCUGAAGAUGGAUACGAGUCCAAUAAAACAGGUGAGAUUACCCUUAGAUUACAGUUGGGCAGAUUGUAUGAUGUUAAAGUUGGGCUUAGAGCAGUGGUUGUGAUUUAAAGGCCAGCUGCAGUUAGCUUUAGGAGCUGAUAAUAUGAUACUGUGCUGCAUUGCUACAUCAUCAUGUCCUGGCAACAAAUCCAGCACACGAGAUUGAUGAGGAUAAAACUGGAUAAAUAAAUGAAGCAAGAACAGCUAAAACAACCAAAUUAUUACUACCUAAUCAUUUAAAAUAUCACCUCACAUCUGCAUCAUGGUGGUUUUUAAUCAGGCUUAACUAUACUCAGAAACAAAAGCUCCAUAACAUUAUCAGCCAAACAAGUCACUUAUUAUCCUCACAGAUCUCAACACUUUCACCAAUUCUCUGUAUUUUCACUUCAGAAUAAUCCAGAUUUACCCUCCCUAUUUGGCUCAUUUGGGUCACUGCCCCAUGACUACUUACCACAUUAAUUCUGCCUUUUACCUUGUUGUGGGGUUACAUAUUCAUCAACCAUGAUGUAUUGUUACAUAAUUCUCCCCAGAUUCAUCAGUCAUUAUGGAAUCACUGUAUGGUUAAUGAUAUUUUUGUUACUAUGGGUAGUGCAUCAGCUAUAUGACUUAGCCUGCUGGUGUUUAAGAAUAAAACAGAUUUAUGUUAUCACUGUAGGCCUGAGUGAUAUGGCAAAAACAGCAGUAGUUUGGGUCAUCCUUUAUUUGUCAUGAUUCGCUAUUAGACUGUGAUGGAUUGGGAUUUGUUGCUUAGUUCACUAAACAACACCUGCCACCCUGGAACCUGAAUACCACCAUUUUUCUCAGGUGGCCCCUUAUAAAAAUAUAACACCAAAUAAUAAAAUAGAACAGGGAAUGGUCUUCAGCACAUAUUGCAAGUGAUACUCAAAAAAAAUAGCAAUGCCGUCAUUUUUUGAUAUUUACUCUUCUAAGUUCUGUCAAGUAUAAACAGCCAAGCAAUGUUCUAUUUUAACCCUUUGACUCGACAUAUCAACCUGCAUACUUCUGUCUAAACUAUAAAAAUACAAUAAAAAAAAAAGAUGAGGGAAUUUUGACAAAGGGAAACCCUGUAAACGCUCUUGAUCUCAGUGGGUGUCAAUCAUAAAUCAACCAAGUGUGUCUUAAACUUCAUGACUUGUGUGACACAUUGUCUUAUACUAAAAUCCCCAUGUUUAGGCUCCAGCAGCAGCAGCUCUCCAGGGUGGGUCCUGGGUCAUGAUUCAGGUUGUCACAGAGACGCCCCCGGCCCAGGCAACAUCAUCUUGGGUGGGCGCAGACACAGCACAGUGUCAGACAGCGGGGACACUGGCAUCGGCACCUACUGCUCUGAUAGCAUGGAAGGUGUGAUGUGUUUUCUAUUUUGUUCUCCAUCAUCAUUCACAAAGGCAAAAUCGGCAAAGUGUUAUCAUUUUAACCAAAAACGGAGUUUGUCUUCCUACAGAUGAUUCCAGUUCCAGUACUACACCGCUGUCUUUCCAGCCGCUGUCUCACAGUCACCUAGGUCUAGAUGAAGAUGGCGUCCCUGGUGUCCACAUUCUGCCUUCCCCGUCUUCUGCCUCCCCCUGCAGCUCAAGUCGGUGGAGCAGGUCCUACCAGCAGCACACACCUGCCAUGUCUCCGCUGAGCACACCCAGCUGCCUCGACAUGAAGGACCAGAGACCUAUUCGGAAGUGGUCCUCUCUCACAAAACUGUCUUCAGGUACUGAUAAGACCUCUACAAGGACAUCAAGUGAGCCACAAAACCCAGAUUCACGUGGCUCCCUGGACAGAGGUUUGCUGCACGGAUACAGAAAGGAACCCCGGGGCUCAAACAUGGACCUUUAUCUUCCUUUAUCCUCCUCCUCACUCAGCCGCACCUUACUGCUGCGCUCACCAGGUGCAGCCCCUGGAUACCGCUACCUCCACAACAGCAGGUCGACCGGUUUGGAGACAGAGCGGUCCAUUUCCUCAGCUUUGUCCUCCCCAGCCAAACACACCAGUCUGGACAUGAACUAUAGCGCUUUACCGGAAACCAAACUGUCCCGGGGAGGAGGAGGAGGAGGGUUGUACGGCCUCAGCUUACCUGCACAGGGAGACUCACUGCUGGGUCCUCAGACUGACAGAAGCUCCCCGAUUCAGCCAGCAGUCCGCACACAGAUGUGGCUGACUGAGCAGAUGGAGUACAGACCUAAACCAGAGCGCGGAGGGAAACCUGGAACAGAGGGAGGUGGAGGGGAUGGUUUGUCGUCAUGGCAGCAGGAACCAGGGCUUAAUCAGGUAAGAGGCGUGUCAUAAAAAUGAGGUUUUUGCAAGUGCAGUAAUAAUGAAACUGUUAGGAAGAGACAUUGUUUGCUGCAAGGAUAGUUACGUAUCAUUUGUGUUUCACUAGCCAAAAAUCCUAUUUACAAUCAGAUUGAAAGGUCAAUCAGAUUCAAAAUGUCUCAUAUAAACACCUUAGCCAAUCUGAUUCACCCAGAUCUGAUUGUAUUUCGGGUCGGACUGUAAGAGGUAGUCUACGCCGAUUGAUAAUCCGCUCCAUGCUCCAUAUAUACGGUUGAGAAGUAAAUAGUGACGUACUCAGAGCGCACCCAAAUGAAAACAAACAUGGCGAACAAACAGAAAAACUGGACAGUGGAGGAGACAAACUUGUACCGCAAAUAGAUUUUAGCACAACACAAUAAGCGUCCCCAACAAAACACGUCGCGGAUCCAUCUUUCUACAGGUAAACAGGAAGCAGGAAGUGCACCUCUUCUUCUCUUACACAUUUGCAGGUAGUGGCAGAGUGACCUUCUGCGCAUGUAAUAAAAACAAUACAGUCAGAUUCAGCAGGGGCCAUGCAAACGUGGACUGAACGUGGAUCUCUUUACUUAAAGUUCAUGUAUACAGAUGGAAUCAGAUUCACUUAAUCUGAUUGAUUUCAAUCAGAUUGAGGAUUACUACCCAUAUAAACGGGCCUACUGAAGUUUGUGUGUGUUUGCAGGUCCUGAUGCAGAGCUCUCUCCCUGUUAACGCUCUGGUGAAGGUUAAAGAGGGGCUGCUGAGACAGAGAGAGCUGGAGAUAGACAGGUACCGCAGGACACACUGCCUGCCUUGAUGUCUGCAUUUAUUGUUUCAUAAUACAUUAAAUAUACAUUCACACCAUAUUCAAAGAGGAUUGUGGGUUUUGUGUUUUCAGACAGAAGCAGCAGAUCCUGCAGCUCCACGCUCGGAUCAGAGAGAACGAGCUCAGAGCGCAGCAGGUCCUGCAUAGCCAGAGAGGUUGGUUCGACAACACCCACAUCCUGAACACUAAGGUAACACUGAGCACUUGUUUUAUUAUGUCGAGAUAAAUGUUCAGAUAUGUAAUUUGUUUUUUAAAAAAAAGUCUCAUUUGUCUUUUAGGAAACAGCAUUGAGGGUGCCAUCUGAUAGGCUGUGCUGUGAUGAGGAUCUUGGCAGGAAGCUGGCUGUAGCUGAACUGGAGGUUCUUCAUUUGAACGAUUUCUUCAAGCAAGUCACACAGAAGUACACAGAGGACAUCAGGAAACUGGAGGACAAGGUAGAAGCAGUGAAGUCCUUACCAUGAACCAUUCCUGGAGGGCAACUGGAUGAAGUUUUCCAUUUUUUAUCCGUAUAAUGACCAACAUAAAAGGCAGACAAAUCUGGUAUCCCUCUUGUGUGUAAUUCUUGCAUGACUGUUUGACUGCUUUUGAAUUGGAUUUUAAGACAGAGAAAAUAAUGGACGCAAUAAUUGACCAUGUUUUAUAUUUUAUAUUUAGGGAAAUUAAUUUUCGAUAUUGUUAUCAUCCCAGCCCUAAUUCCAAAAAAAACAUGAUGAUACAAAAUCAGCGUCGUUAUUUCAAGACUUUUCUUCUGGUCAUCAGGUAAAAACGAGGGAUCGCUACAUCAGCAGUCUAAAGAAGAAGUAUCAGAGAGAGAGCGAACAGAACCAGGAGAAGCAGCAGCGCAUAGAGACUCUGGAGAAGUAUCUGUCAGACCUGCCUACGCUGGACGAGGUGCAGGUGCAGGCAAAACAGGUACACACUCACAUAAACAAACACAAACAUGUAAAUAAACAUACAUGCUGAAAAGAUGAAAGAUGUUUCAUAUGGGAGAAUAAGAAAGGCUGAUGUUACUGGGCUUUGUUAAAAAGCUCUAAAUCCUCCGUUUCUAAGUAAUUUGUUGAUUAAAAACACAGAAUUCAUCUAUUAUUCUAAGUGUGUUACACAGCACAAAUCCUGUAUUAGCACAGUGUGCAGUGAGCAGUGUGUAUUUGUGUGUGUGUGCUCAGCAGGAAGAGGUGCAGCAGAAAGCCAAACAGCUGGAGAGAACCAUGAGCCGGUUGGAGAGCAGCCUGCAGGAGGGAUGUGCUCUUCUGGAGGAGAAAAACAUGAAGAUUGAGCUGAAGGCAAAGAGAGAGAAGGAGCUGAUUGCAUCUGUGCACAGGUACAUCACCUGAUCGGACUGAUGUCUAAGAAUUUCAUAAGAUAAUUUGCCAGAAAAUCUAAGGGCUGGAGGUUUUUUCCCUCAAAAUCAGACUGUAUACAGGAGGUAAACAUAGCUUCUUGGCCUGUAUUAUUUCUAAUGUCCAGCAGGGGGCAGCUCCUCUGGUUGCAGAAAGAAGUCUAUGAGAUAAUGAUGCUUCUUUUUGGUUGAUUUAUUCUCUUAGAUGUGCUGUAAGGAUUCUUUAACUAAGUAUGAAACAGACAGACAUGGAUAUUGAUGCCUCUAUAUGACCUAAAAUAGAAAAUCAGACACCAGUGACAAGUUGUUCGUUUCUUUACAGCUAUUUGUGAUGUCUAAACUUCUGGAAAGGGUGUGUGUUAGACGAUCAACUUACUAAACAUUUUUAAUUUUCCAUGGCAAGGUUGCAGCUCCACCCUCUUGUCCAAAUAUGGUCAUGUUUGUGUUAGAAAAGCAGCAUUCAAAAAGGUAUUCAAACUGUCAGGUGACAACCACAAUAUGUUCCUUUUUUUCUGUGUCUCUCAGUCUGCAGCAGAAAGUGCAGCAGUGUUUGGAUGACGGAGUUAGACUACCUGUGCAGGACCUAAAAUGGCUGGAGGUGGAAAACUCUGAACUGUUGGAGCAGCAGGACCACAGCAGCAGGGUACACACUCACACUCACACACACACACACACACACACACACACACACACACACACACACUCACACUCACACUCACACUCACACACAGACUCAGCAUUUUCACAUGUGAAUGUGCACACACAAAUAAACGGAAGAAACCUCUAACAUGUGCUCUGCUCUCCACUUCAGCUGAUCAAACACCAGAAAGAGCAAAUCGAGAGGCUGACAUCCAAACUAACUGUAAGUGAUAUGUACACACACACACACACACACACACACACACACACACACACACACACACACACACACACACAAAAGGUUUGUAAAAUCAGGCCUAUUACACUUACUAUUUACAGGAAGGGGAGAGUAGGGUAAGAUGAGCCAUUUUUUUCAUGUUUCAGAUCACUACAUCAAGGCAAUCAUGGUUUUGUCACUAACUUAGGUAUCUUCAUAUAUUUCAAGAUGUUGUGCAUCCCUGCAAACCAACAGAAUGAGUGUAAACAUAACUGUCUUGAUGAUAUAGCAUGCCAAAAACGUGGUCUCCUAUGGUCAACUUACCCCGUGUAUGGGGUAAGUUGACCAUAGGAGCGGGGUAAGUUGAGUCGUAUCCCUACUACCCUCCCCCACCCCACCCCCAAUCACAGCUGUAUUUUUGAAAAGGAAAAUAACCAAAUAUUUGGUCACAUGAUCAAUUUCUUUUACCAUUUCCAAGCAACAGGGGGUAGCUCAACUUACCCUUUGGCUUAACUUACCCCACUCUCCCCUACUUGAUACCCCUCCACUUUAAAAAAAAAACGAACUGUUCCUAAAUUUUUGACUAAACUCAACAGGGGAUUAGUGAUCGUUCCUCCAAAGAACAAAUCCUGUAUACUUGUUGUUUCAGGCCACCAGUAGCAGACUUCAGGAGAAAAGAGGUGUGUCUCUACCUCAGCAGACUCCUCCACCUGGUCAGGAUGACAGCCUGGACCCCUCUUCCAAAGUCCCCCCACAGGUACCCGUAGUCCUCUAUAAAUCUUUAUUAUGUCCCAGUGCCGUCCUUACACCUUUAUAUUUUCAUAAUGGGCCCCAGUAUGUGCCUCACUCAUGUUUCUGUAAUCAUCAGGAGUCCAAGAUCAUGAUAUCAUUGGAUGUUUGUUGAAGAGGAGAUAUUUUGACAUGACGUUAGCAGUGAUGUUGGAUCACUUAAUUGAUCACUCACUAGAAACUUAAGCCUUCUGUACUUAUUUCCUCUUGCAGCAACAGCAGGUAGAGGAGGGCCCGUCUGUGCGUCCUGUCUCCAGCGUGGAGACCCCUGAAGUGAGCCGUCUGCUGAAGGAGAUGUCUCUGUGUCUGCUGGACUUGCAGGCGCUCUGCAGCAUCCUGAGCCAGAGAGCUCAGGGGAAGGAGCCCAACCUGAGUCUGCUGUUGGGAAUGAAAUGUAUGUGCUCACACAAACACAAACACACAUAAGCCGAUCAAUCUGCCAACCAGUUUUCUCUCUCUUUAUAUUAUUUUCUUAUUGUUGCCGUGGUGAUUUAAUUCUGCGUCUGCCUUGUUUCUGUGCAGCUCUGAGCAUGUCUGCAGAGGAGAGUGACAGCAGGCGGGUGGAGGAGGACGAGCUCCGCUUCAAGCUACUGGAGGUCAGUCAGCUAAGGAGGGAUAUCGACGAGCUGAGGAAGAGCAUUUCAGACCGCUACGUCCAGUGUAUGGGGGACAGUCGUGUCUCUCAGUGACACUCAGAGACUAGAGGAGACACUCAGAGAGUCAGCAAUACCAAGUGACAUCCAGAGACACAUGGAAACAUCCAGAGAAACCCAGAGACUCACACAAUUACCCAAAAGAUAACAGUAACACCCUAUGUCAUCCAAAAACCAACACCCAGGAUCCUCAGUUCUGGUCUGACCUGGUGUCCCCUUACUUCUUCACCUUCUAUAGAUACCCACAAAAAGGAAAACAAGAUCUUGAGUGUCAGUAAUUCUGCAGACAGCGAGCUUCACUAAUUCAGGGAUUAAUAUUCUUCCAGAUUUUUGUUAACUGCAUGAUUUAUGUUUAAAUCCAAAAGUCACGUGUUUGACCAGACAGAGCUGGUUUUAUUACCAAUCUGAACUCUUUUAGCUGGUUCAGAUUUACUCCUGGUCUUAGUGAGAAAAAACCCUGAAGAGGUAAAAGCAGAGGAAGCCAGAAGAUGAAGCUUGAACGAGUUAGCUAAAGAUCAGAAAUACACCUAAAUGGUGCAACUACCACCAGGGCCCAGCUGUUCAAAGAAUGUAUCUAGUAUAGGGAUGAUCUGGUUUAUCCUCCUUUUUUCUGAAUCUGAAUUGUAUCAACUUUUAGACUUUAAUGUGACCAAAUCCAGAUUAUUAGAGCUUUAGUCGGAACAAUUUGAUUUGCUGUAUUGGCCACAGGAGGGCGCUCAAAUCCACAGGAGGUGAAAAUAAUCAGAGCUGCUUUCAAGACAGAAUUUUAGGUUUGAUUUUAAUUCUGUUUUAGGAUAAACUUAUUAUGACAAAUCUUUUGUUUUUUUACAACCCUAAUUUCUACAUGAUCUACUCUGCUGUUGUAAUGAUUUAGCAAAAAUGUUAUCUUUUUUCAAAUUUAGUUCCUGCAAUUCAGCCUGAAUCCAGUCCUCUGCUGCUCUAGAUUUUUAUAGUUAAAAUUUCCAAAUGACACACAAAAAAAGACUCAAUUACCUGAUCUGUUUUAAAAUCAGAAUCCUUUCUUAUCCUUUAAAAACUUAAAAAAUGUUCUUUAAUGAUAGAUGCGGUCAUUUUAUGUUACUUUUGAACACUUGGGCCCAUAUUCAGCUUGAUAUCCGAUGAAAACUCUGAAAUAAAACCACUUACACGAGUUUGAAUGAACAGAUCUGAAAAAAUAAAUUAACCACUUUUUUCCUACAGCAACGAACAACAAAGUCAAGUUUAUAACAUAUUGAUAAGACUAGCCUAGAACUGCAAUAAUUAAUCAUUCUGUAUGAAGAUGUUUGGUAUAAAACAUUAUUUUCAUGGUGUGAAUGCACAUGAUAUUUUGUUUGGACCUAAAGCGAACAUUAUAACAACUUUUGAAACUAACAAAAAGUUCAAUUAAUCUGUUUAUCCUGAUGAUACAACCUGUCUGUGUAAACUAUGAGACUCAUUCAAGACGCUGGAAGAGGGAACCUAAACAGCACGUGCACUUUUGAAUCAAUUCUGUCUUCUAUGGAGGCGGCUUUAACAAUAAAUAAAUGUCUGCAUGUUUUAACAUAUUUCUUACGUUUAGAAGCUAUAAGUCACCAUGACAACAGAACAAAGGGACUGUAUUUAAAUGUUUGUGCUUGAUGCAUGUGUGGAAGAUUUAACGAACCAUGUAAAGCUUUUUUUCUGCUCAUAUGGAACAUCUUUUUUUUAAAUGAUGUUUUUAUAUUUUAUUUAGUUUUAUCACUCAAAGCAAUAAAUGCCAAAGAUGUGAUGGAUAAACUCGUAAGAGAAGGGGUUGAACAUAUUUCACAUUUGACUCUUUAGUUUCUAGUAAUGUUUUAGCAUUUAAAAGUUCAGUAUGCUGAGUACUUAUGGAAAAUUUGUCUUUUAGGACUCUGAAAAUUAUUCUUAUCUAACUUAAUGAAUCUUGAAAUGAUGUGAAGCCCUCAGGUUUUGAUUUCAUUUGACUAUAUUAGAUUUUGCAGCUGACUUGUGUGUGCAGUUUACAUAAAAGUAGAACUGAGUGUUAUAAUGUUACAUUGCCUUUUGCACUCUGACCCUCUGUCUCCAACAUUAUGAUAAGGUUUUUUUUUCCUGCUGCAGAAAAUUUGGGUCAUAAUAACCAAAUGAGAUAUUCUGGCUUCAAAUUCAAAGAGAUGUUCAGCAUUUUACAGGAAAGAUUGAAAUAAUCUGGACAGGUUUUGUCCCAUGCUGAGCUGCAGGAGGAUCAAAUUUGAGGUGCAUGUUUUAAUGAAGUUGUGGGUUGUAUGUAUUUUUGAAGGGCAGCUUCAAGUACGUCAUCAUCUAAGAAAGUGAUUUGGUUGAAUCCCACGUGAACAGAAAGUAGACAAGGCGUUAAGGAAGCUUAAGUUAACUAAAUUGAUAGUGAGGACUCAUUUUCAGGUCAGUGUUUUAUGAGGAUUAAAUUCAAAUUUUGCUGAUUGUAACCUUUUAUAUUGUGUUUUUAUUGGAGGUGCAUAUUCAUAACAUUAAUACAACAUUUGAUAACAGCUUUACCGAGGGCGCCUACAUGUUGUCUUGGUUUAUUCUUUCAAAUAAGAGAACAAAAAAUUGUGAUAUUUGUACUCUUUAUAACUUUUUGUUUUUUGUUUACCAGAAAUAAGGCUUUUUCUUUGUGGGACAUGUUUUGUCUCAUGUCCUUGAGGAACUGUGGUUUAUAAGAAGUUCAUAAAAGUACAUUUGUUUUUGCAAAUUGUUAAGACGGCAAAUAAAGCUUAUUUUACUAAAA